CUUCUAGCGAAAAAGAUGUGAAAAUGAAAGUUGGUGUGUGCAAACGAAUGAGUGCUAGAGCUCGAGUAAAAAGAGAAAUGCGCCUGGCUAGGAGAGGAAGAGACGAAAAAGCGGAGCAGCAUCAAAGCGAGCACGUUAUUCUGACUGCCGGGACAAUCGCUUCAGUGGAGGCUUGGGGCAGCUGCCAGAGGUCAGCGGUGGUGGCGAGUCGCGAGGGCAACGGAUGGGAAGUCCGAAUGUCCAACUCGAGGCGCAAGCCCUACUUUUACAACAAGGAGACAAACCAGUCCUCCUGGGACCGUCCUGACGAAGUAGCCCCCAAUGAAGUGAAAAGUCCGUCCGCGCGAGCCAUCUCCUCGUCAAGCACCGCGAUAGCCGCCGUCCCUCCAGCUGGAAAGAGGUCAGCAACUUUUUCAUUUCUUCAUCUACAACAACAAUUUUUGCUUAUAGCUGGUUGUGACGAAGCCAUUGACAUCCUGGAAGGAUACAAGGACCAAAUCGAAUCGAGUCGCGAUCAGUUUGCCACCUUUUCCGCCCUCGCCAAAGAAAAUUCAGACUGCUCGUCUGCCUCUCGAAAUGGCGAUCUCGGCACGUUCGAACGCGGCCAGAUGCAAAAGCCGUUCGAGGACGCGACGUUUGCCCUCCAGGUCGGAGAGAUGAGUGGGAUCGUCGAGACGGACAGUGGCGAAUUCUACGGACCAGAUGGGAAUAAUAGGGGAGGACGUCAUCUGCACUGCCCUCCCAUUUCGGCAAUCAGUAACCAGUCGAAUUGGCGUUUGGCCCAUGAGGGAGGGCGAUGGGAAAAGGAUGAAGAGUGGUUGCAUUCUACGACAUAUAACGUACAGAGGGGCUCAUGUGGCGCGUUUACGUCAAAUGGCAACACCAGUUCGACGGCAGCGGAACAAGCCGAAAAAAAGGAGCAGCAACUAUUGUACAGGGGGGAAGGGUUAAAUUUUCAGUGGCAAGCGAGGGUUAAAUUUUCAAUUGCUUCUAGGGGCAUUCUUUUCGCGGCAUUUGCGUUCGUGUUUGGCUCGGUUCUGCCUAAGGACCAUCUGCCAACUAGCAAACGGCACAAAACCCGAAACAAAGGAAGAAGGAUAAAAGAAUGCCCAGUCGCACCAGUUUGGAUUACCGCAUUGUUUGGUGCAGACGUACGGUCGCAGAUCCCGGUGUCGGUUCUCGCAUCCCUCUGCGCGCGCCUUUCGAUGAAACGACUUGCCGCAGCUCGAACACGUGUACGGCUUGAUAGAGAUGAUGCCUUCUGCUGGCGAGUAGACACUGUCGAUGGUGUUCUGCGGGUGAGGUGGAGGGGAGAGAUUGGGUAUGGUGGGGGUUUUGAGGCCGAGGGUGUAGAGGUCAGAUGCGUGCUCAUGUGGGAUAGGAAUGGGCUCGAGAACAUAGUGCGCGUCGUCUAUAGAGGAGAGAUGGUCAUCUAUAGGCGCAGGUUAGCGGCGGAGUGCACAAGUGUGAUAAGCAUGCCCUCUAGACUGUACGCAAACUCCCGAAGGGAGAGUAUAAGGGCUCGACUCGUCCAUCAUCGACUCCCCAAGCGUACCGUUAAAGGG